GUGUUGUGGGCUGGAAGAAGAGUGCACACAAGACUACAUAAUUGAGGUGAGGUCAAAGUUUGAAGGGAAAUGGCUGUGUGGGCUUUGCUCAACAGGGUGCAGGUGGUGAUGGGGAAGAAGAAGAAGAAGACGAAGAACAUGGCGGCGGCGGAGUUCGGUUUGCCCGACGCCGUGCGGGCCCACAUGUCCUUUUGCGGCAAAUCCAACAAGUCCAACCCCGCCUUCCGCGUCGCCGACGGGAUGAGGCAAAUGUUGCGGCGGAGAUCCGCCGCCGCCGCUUCUCCGCCAUCGUCUUUGCCCGCGUCCCCCUCUUCUUCUUCUUCUAAGAAGCUGCUCUCGAGAUCGGCUUCUACCGUCUCCUUUUACUAGCUUCUCUCGGAGUAGGAGAAGCCGAUCGAAGAGAGAGCUAGGUAUAAAAGUAACGUGCUACAGUCACACCAGGUUUGACAUUAAAAUUUAACACCAUGUGUUUCAGAGACAGUUAUUGUCUGAAUAUGUAAUGUUUAUGAAACACAUGGUAUAUCAAACUUUAAUUUCAAACUUGGUAAUAGUUAAGCUAAUACGGAGUAAUUAAGGAAUAAUCAGUGUUCUAAAAAAAUGAGGAUGGAAGAGCAGUACUAAUAAUUAAUGGAUUAGAGCAAUGGGUAGGGGUGACUAAUUGCUGUAAUUGGGUUUAGUAAGGAAUUUUUAGAACAUUGGUAUGGACAAAUAUAAUGCAUGUUUUAUGGGUUUAUGUCCCAUGAGCUGAGGAUGAUAUUGGUCAUCAUCUCUAGCUUGUUGUACAUAUUAUGGUAUAUAUUGGUCUAUGAAUGAAGCUUUUAAUGUAGU